CCACCACCUCCACCGCCUCUCUCUCUCUCUCUCUCUAAACUCUGUCGGCGGUCCACACAGAAUUUCCAUUUGCAGGUCGGCCCGCAGGGAAUUGAAGAAGCUAAGAUAUAUACUGUGCAAUAAUGGUACUACUGUGUAACUGGUUUCCAUUCGCGGCGGCGAUCGUAGUUGCCGGUGGGAUGCUGCUUAUUUCUGCGGAUGCUUACAAGAAUUACACCGUCGGCGACUCCUCCGGCUGGAACGACGCCAACUCUUCUGUCGACUACCGGAAAUGGACUUCCGGCAAGACCUUCUCCCUCGGCGAUUUCCUCAUUUUCAAUAUUACCGAUACCAACCACUCGGUAAUCCAGACGUACAAUGAGACCACAUAUGAACGGUGUGACGAUGAGGAUGACGAAAGCUCCAUCCAGUGGUCAUCCACAGACCCGUCCUCCACCUCCCCACACCCGGCCUCGGUGGCGGUGCCACUUACGAAGGUCGGGGUGACGUAUUUCCUCUCUGCCGACUAUGACGGAGAACAGUGCAAGAACGGGCAACGUUUGAUGGUCAAUGUCACAUAUGGUCAAGGCUUGCCACCUAGCCUGAAAUCUCCCGAUAAAUCACCAGCCCCGGCAAGCCCACAGUCCGGCGAUGACAAUGCCGUCCCAGAAACGUUGGUGCCCGCUAAUUUCGAUCAUCCUCGCGACGUGGGCGACGAGGAUACUGACCGGCAGUCUAGUUCGGGUUGUUUGGGCAGUUUUGCUGGAGUUUUUGGGUCAAAUGGGAUCUUUUUACUUGUCUUGAGCCUAUCCUGCAUUAUUUGACCAUUGUUCUUUUCUUUUUUAAGAGAUGAGUUAUUCAUAUAUUAAUGUGAACUAUGUACUCUAAUAUUUUGUCAUAAUAUACACAAGGCUUGUACUUUGAGAUGUUAAUGUUACUCUUUCUCAAUGGCACUACCUUCUACAGAAGGGCUUUCUUACGAAGUAUUCUCCAUUAUUGAUAGAAUUUAUUUUUAACUCAAUUCUUUUAAAAAUUAAAAUAAAAUACCGAGUACAAU